AUGGCUGGUUCGACGGAGCCCCAGCACAAGCCGGGGCAGCAGCCUGAGCACCAGCCUGAGCGCGCUUCGGAACAACAUGACCACGCGCAGGAAACGUCGGCCUUUCCGCCGUUGCAAGACGCAGAUGCAUCAUCUCAAGCGCCUCAAUACCACCAACAGCAACAGUAUCGAGACACAGACGCACCAUCUCAUGCGCCUCAACACCAACACCAGCAGUACUCCGACGACUUUGACGAAAAGCGCUCACCCCCCUCGCUCGACACAUUCAACACCCUCGCCCCCGGUCCGGACUCGCACAGCAACGAGCCCUUUUCGCCCUCGGGCCAGCGCGCCGAGGACACGCGCCUCGGCGACGACCUCGAGCUGCUCCGCGCCGAGCGCUUCAUCUCUAAUCAGGAACAGGACGAGCUGGCGUCCAAGUCUAAAGGUCGGAGCCACCACCCCGAGCCGGAGGAUGCCUUUAACCAGUCCGCCCCCAAGGAGGAGACGGUCAAGCACAAGAACGAGAAUGCCGCCCUCUACAAGUUUUGGCUCUUUCUCAAAAAGUUCCCCCGCGGCGUCCGCUACCUGCUGUACCUGUUUCCCGGCGCCAUCCUGCUCCUCAUCCCCGUGCUUCUCGGCGGCCUGAGGUUCAACCGCGACGAGAAGCUCGUCGGCGGCCCUGGCGGCGUCCAGCUCCUGUGGUUCGGCAUCUGGCUCGAGAUUGUCUGGUGCUCGCUGUGGCUCUCCCGUCUCGUCACCAGCCUCUUGCCCCAUCUCCUGUACAGCCUCGCGCGCAUCGCCGGCUCGACCAACGCCAAAAAGUGGAGGGACAUUGGCCACCAGCUCGAGCUGCACAUGGCCCUCUUCCUCUGGUUCCUGGCCAUCCUCAUCUCCUUCAAGCCCACCAACAACGGCCACACGGGCACCGGCGAGGGCGGCGACGGCUGGACCGACGUCGUCUACAAGGUCAUCAUCGCCCUCUUCGUGCUGGCGACCCUCAACUUUGCCGAGAAGCUCUGCAUCCAGUGGAUCGCCACCACCUUCCACCAGCGCACCUACAGCACCCGCAUCGAGAACAACAAGUCGGACGUCCGCCAGCUCGUCCACCUCUUCUCCUUCGCCAAGGCCAACCUCGAGACCACCGACGCCUUCUGGCAGGGCAACACGGGCCCCAACACCAGCGGCGCGCAGACGCCCCUGCAGACGUUCCACGACAACGCCCGCCAGGUCCUCGGCAAGGUCGGCUACGUCGCCAACAAGGUCGGCAACGACUUCAUCGGCCGCAAAGUCAACGUCAACCAGCCGAAAAAGGUCGUCUCGGAGCUGCUGCGCAACACGGCUUCGGCCGCGACCCUCGCCCGUCUCAUCUACCGUAGCUUGGUGACGGAGGGGCGGGAUACGGUCUACCCCGACGACAUGAAGAAGGCCUUUGAGACGCAAGAGGAAAUCGAUGCCGCGUUUGGCGUCUUUGACAAGGACCUCAACGGCGACAUUUCGAUAGAAGAGUUUGAGGCCGUCUGCAACGAGAUUCACCUGGAGAAGAAGGCCAUUGCUGCGUCCCUCAAGGACCUGGACUCGGUCAUCCAGAAGCUCGACAAGGUCUUUUUGUUCAUCAUUGUCGUCAUCGCCGUCAUCGUCUUCGUCUCGAUCCUGUCGGGCUCCGCCGCCGCCGGCCUCGCGUCCGCCAGCACAUCGGUGCUCGGCCUCGCCUGGGUGCUGCAGGCGACGGCGCAAGAGUUCCUCCAGUCCAUCAUCUUCGUCUUCAUCAAGCACCCCUUUGACGUCGGCGACCGCGUCACCAUCUACGGCUCCACGGGCGACAAGAUGACGGGCGACGACUACUACGUGACGGAAAUCUCGCUGCUCUACACCGAGUUCAAGAAGAUGCAGGGGCACAUCGUGCAGGCGCCCAACUCGCUGCUCAACACCCUCUUCAUCCUGAACCAGCGCCGCUCCAACGGCCUCGCCGACGUCAUCCCGCUCGAGAUGCGCUUCGGCACGCCCGGCGAGCUCAUCGACGAGCUCAAGGCCCGCAUGCUCGACUUUUGCCAGCAGAACAAGCGCGACUACCAGCCCACCAUCAUCACCGAGAUGACGUCCCUGGACCAGGUCCGCUCGUGCCACAUGAACAUGAUUUUCAUGCACAAGAGCAACUUCCAGAACGAACUGCUCCGGCUCAACAGGCACAACCGGUUCGUCACGGAGCUCAUGUACCAGAUGACGUUGCUCGGCAUCCAGGGCCCCCUGCGUGUCGACCCCGGCGGCAGCCGCGAGUACCCCAUGUACUGGGCCGGCGCGCAGCCGCCCGUGCCGUCGCAGCCUCACCACGACGACUACGGCCCGCCGCCUGCGCCCUCGGCGCACAGGACCAUGUCGCGCCGGCGGGACAGCAUCCGCGGCCAGCGCCUCCCGACGACCAACGAGGAGGCCAUCCUCGGCUUCCAGGACGUCUUCGACAGCCGCAGGGAUCACCUCAUGGCGCAGCGCAUGGCGUCCAUCAAGGAGAAGGACCGGGCGCUCGAGCGGGAAAGCGACGCCGAGGGGCGCGCGUCGACGUCGGCCCUCGCGCCGAGCAUCUCCAAGAAUUCGAGGGAGUCGCAUACCCAGUCGACGCGCGCGCGCAUCUUUGGACGGGCGCGCAGCGGGACGAGGAGUCAGCAGGACGACACGAUUGUUUGA